AUGCAUGGAGUCACUGGGCCUUAUGUGAAACGUAUUUUUGGUGAUGAGUUUGGAGUUGAUCCACAAAACUUAGUUAACUGCAACAUCAUGCCUGAUUUUGGAGGAAUGCAUCCUGAUCCUAAUUUAACUUACGCUGCUUCUCUUGUGAAUGAAAUGAAGAAAGGAAACCAUGGUUUUGGUGCAGCUUUUGAUGGAGAUGGUCUAUUUGUUCAAUACAGAGUUGCUCAUGCAAAAGGUAAAGAGAUAUUUGAAGUACCAACAGGAUGGAAAUUCUUUGGAAACUUAAUGGAUGCUAACCGUCUUUCUUUGUGUGGAGAAGAGAGUUUUGGAACUGGAUCUGAUCACAUCAGAGAAAAGGAUGGUGUCUGGGCUGUGUUAGCUUGGCUCUCUAUCUUGGCACAUCGCAAACAGAAUGUAGAAGAGAUUUUAGUUGACCACUGGAAGCAAUAUGGAAGGAAUUUUUUCACUAGAUAUGACUAUGAAAACUGUGAAACAGCACCAGCAGAGAAAAUGAUGGAGGUUUUAAAUGCUUUCAUCUCUGAUUCUUCUAAUGUUGGAAAAGUAUUUAGUCAUGAUGGCAAAAGUUACAAAAUUAAGAAAGCAGAUAAUUUUUCUUAUGAAGAUCCCAUUGAUAAAAGUGUCAGUAUGAAACAGGGCAUCCGCAUUAUUUUUGAUGAUGAUUCUCGUAUUAUCUUGCGCCUUAGCGGAACAGGCAGUAGUGGUGCCACCAUUCGACUUUACAUUGAAGGCUAUGAAGCUGAUGUCAACAAACAUCUUCUUGAUCCACAGGUUUUGUUGAAACCAUUAAUUGAAAUUGCCCUGCAAAUCUCUCAGUUACCAAAACUUACAGGCCGCACAAGCCCCACAGUUAUCACAUAG